CUGAGAACUGAGUGGAGAAAAAAAAGAGAAAAAAGAGAGUCAAACAACUGGACUCAGUAUAGACGGCCGGUCGGUUCUCUUGGUUAACCUUUGGCGAUUUCCAUCAUCUGGGCACACAGGUUCCUGAUAACAGCAGGAGAGACACACAGAAACAGGCGGACAAUAUGAGCACCAGCAGGUUUAGAAGUGGUGGAAGAGACAAGUGCAGGUUGCACAUGGUAACGUGGAACGUGGCCACAGCGGAGCCUCCUGAAAACCUCAACUCUUUGCUGCAUCUAGACGUUCAGCCCCCCACAGACCUCUACGUCAUUGGCCUGCAGGAGGUGAGCGCCACACCUCUGAGGUUCAUCUCAGACAUGAUAGCAGAAGACUCCUGGAGCCACCAGCUCAUGGACACCCUGGCACCUCGGGGCUAUGUCAAGGUCACAUCAAUAAGAAUGCAGGGUUUGCUGCUAUUGGUUUUUGCUAAACAACUACAUCUUCCCUUCAUCAGAGACAUCCAAACCACCUACACUCGUACCGGCCUCUUCGGAUACUGGGGCAAUAAAGGAGGAGUGUCGGUGCGUUUUUCUUUCUAUGGCCACAUGGUGUGUUUCCUCAAUUGCCACCUAGCAGCUCAUAUGAACUACGCCCUGCAGCGCGUUGAUGAGUUUGAGUACAUCCUGGAAACACAAGACUUUGACAUCUACAACACACCGCAUAUCAGGGAUCACAAGAUUGUGUUCUGGUUUGGUGACCUGAAUUUCCGAAUAGCCGACCAUGGCAUGCACUUCCUCCGCUCGUCUAUCAACAGCGAGCGUUUUAAUUUGCUGUGGGGCAAAGACCAGCUCAACAUGAUGAGGGCGAAGGAACCUUUCCUCCAAGAAUUUGAAGAGGGGCCAUUGAGGUUUAGGCCCACGUACAAGUUUGACCGUAAUUCUGACGCCUACGAUACCAGCGGUAAGAAGAGGAAACCAGCCUGGACAGACCGCAUCCUGUGGCGCAUCAAACCCAAAAGCCCGCCGCCAGAGGAUGAAGAUGAGCAGGCCUCAACCUCCACUGAUGAUGGACAUGAUGAGUAUCCAAUCCAAGUGACCCAGGAGAGCUACAACAGUGAUAUGAGCUAUGGAGUCAGUGACCACAAGCCCGUCAUAGCCACCUUCAGCCUGGAGCUGAGGAAGUACUUUGACAUGCAGCUGGUGCACGUGUCUCCUGAGGGUGUGUGGAGCGCUGACCAGGACGCAGCUCUCAACUACACCAUCCUGGAGGACUUCAUGUCCUCUACAUGGGACUGGAUUGGCCUAUACAAGGUUGGAUUUAAGAGUGCAUCAGAUUACGAGGCCUUCGUCUGGGUUAAAGAGGAUGACGUGCCAGAAGUGAAUGACGUCAUACAGUUAUCUUUUAAUAAAGACGAGAUUCCACUCCUGGGAGGACAGUAUGUUUUGGGCUACUACAGUACAAACAUACAAAGCAUCAUUGGCCUCAGCGCUAACUUCCAGAUCCUCGAGUCGAAACGAGCUGUUAUGGAAGGCCUCGUUCCUGACAACAUCAACGGCCUCAACAAAUAAGAUCAAUCAAGCAAAGUGCUGACCUUCCAAGUUACACAGGCCUCUUACACACUUACAAGAUCUCCCCAAGACCCCACUGGUCCACUGCAGCCACACUGGGCCACCACAUGGACUGGAAGCUGCUCAGCACGUUUCCCGCUUGGCUCUCUUCCCUUUCCAGCACCACUUUGUUGGACUAUUUCUUGAUAUUUUUGUUUAAUAAGAUAAAAAAAUAUAUAUAUAUUGAGAAACAGACAAAGUUCUAGCCCAAUGAAGUUGCUAUGUGACAUACAAUAAGUUUAAAGAUGCACCAUUUGGUCAAAAGCUUUAUCAAAACAAUAGCACUACUUGGAUGUACAGUACAGUACAAAGUGUGGCGUCCAGUUGUAGUUUCCAUAAAUACAGAGUUCAUGAUCAAAAUGAUUUAAUAUGAUAAAUAGCCAUCACAGAUAAUCGGCUAUGAAGAUUUCAUCAUCAGUGUUAUGGAUGCAGUAUCAUGGGCCUUCUCUGGAGGAGCAGAAGAUAUAGAAAUAAUACACUUUCUGGUCACUAGUAGGAUGUGGAUGUAGAUCAAAUACAAUGUGCAAAAACAUGUUUAGGUUUUGGUGCAGCAGGUGCUGGACUGGAUGAAUUCGGGGCAGAGGACAAUUUAGAGUGUGAGAAUGUUUUAACAAUCACAGGAAACUAUUUGACGCCCAGCUGAUGCUAAUUUCACUGUCCUGUUGUGGUAAAAACCAGCAUCUGCUCCUCAGUUGGCAUAAAAUAAAUGCUGUGGCUUAUUUGCUAUUAUCGUUAAACCCAAGUGUCCUGAGGCGGCACCAUAAAGGUUGGAGGAGGCUGCUGUGGAAGAUUUAAAAUGCAACGUACUGUAUAGCUUUAGCACAUGAAAUCCUGUCAGUGCAUGUGAUGGCACAUGUGGAUAUUUUUUGUUUUGUUUUGGUGAUUAAAUCAAAGUCUGUACUGAUGUGGAAAACAGCUGUUUUCAAUCUAAUAUUGUACUUCAUUUGAAAUGCUGUGUAUGUGAAAAUUGUGUAAAAUGAUAGACUAUACAGCUAAAAUCAAAAGCAUGAUAGAGCCAUAUUUUAGAUUUUUUGUUUGUUUGUUUAUUUCUUUGUUUGUUUUGUGGAUUUAAAUGUCCUUUUAGGUUAGGAUGAAAUUGUUGCUCAUGUAUCUAUCUUGUUUUUGUCUGUUUACCGACAUCAGUGUAACACCAGUCUGCCUUGUUUUCUUCAGUGCAAACGUGAUGAUUGUUGAAAUCUCUGUAUUAAUGGUAAUACUAAAUUAUAUCAGAUAUGUUUGUGUGCGUUCUCCAUCAUAGUACGGCUGUGCAUCUGACAGAGAAAGUGAGUGUGUGUGUGGUUGUUAAUUGAUUGAUUGAUGCAGAACACAACAUCAGCACUAAAGUGCACAGUGAGGACUGGAAUGUGUGUUCCCAAAUAAUUAAAAUAUUAUUACCGUUAAUUAAAUCUGCAAACCUACAAACUGACUGUGAAAAUGACUUGGCAUGUCACAUAAUAAUAUAUGCAUUAUUAGUAACUGCAAUCACCAAAGGGAAUAUGUUUUCUCCUUAAUGACUAACUGAGCAUGAAGUGCUAAUAAUAAUGAGCUUUGUUAAAGUUCAAUUAACAAUGUUAAGCCUUUAGCCUGCCGGGCAUUUAACUCAUAUGAAAUCAUUACAAAUCGUCUGCACCGCAAGAAAAAACAAGAGCAGUCAACAAUCAGUCUCACACAGCUGACAGAGUCUGAAGAUG